ACACACACACCGACAGAUGUGCAGCCCAAACCCCCAGUAAAGACCACAUAGUUCUCCUUUUCAGUCGCUGUUCCUGUCAGCAGUUGCUGUGCUGGUAUUUCCUACAUCUGGAUAUUAAAGUAUAAUCUCAUUUAAGAAUUAUUUAUAGCGCGUUCCUCUUGCUGACAAGACUUAGUUUGAUAAAGUCGUUGAUAGUGAAGACAGACUCAGAAGACUGAGCUUUUUUCGUGUCAUGACUGCCGUUCAGUUUGGCACUGUAGGUUUAGUUUAGACUUUAGUUUAUUCGUCAAGAAAAUGAACUGCUGUUUGUGUUUCAUCUUCAUUAAUUCCUGUCUGCUUUUGUCAUCGGACAGGAGAGCUGUCCAGGCUCAUUCUGCUGAAGGAGAAACCUCAAUGACUGGAUCAAACAUGUCUAACUAUUCAACAUCAAUGCCCAAAGCUGAACCCAUCACCCCAACUGAACCAUCUGUGAACACUGUGCACAUCUCAACAAAGAGCAAAUGUCUGAUUUCUGCAUCUACAGAUAAAACAGGCGUUUCUUCUAGUAUCCCAACACCAGGUCCUCGGUUCCACGCGGGUAGUUUCAUCGGUGGUAUGAUGCUGGCCUUUAUCAUCAUGCUAGUCGUCACUCUGGGCUACAGGAUGGCCUGCUCACAACGGGAAGUGCAAUACAGAUUCAUUGAGGAACACGAUGCCAUCAUUUGAAAAUGGAGCCCUUGAGGAAAUAAAAGCUAAAACACAAUCUAGUCAUGAUCUGAAGAGAACAUUUUCACCAUGAUGUGGUUGAUAUGCAAAUGAGACAGUGUCUGGUUUGAUACAUUUUAUAUUGUAAUCUUAAAUAGCUUAUUCCCUAGUACUUUUUAGAUUUGAAUUAAAUUUUUUGUACUACAGAACAGGACAGAGUUUGUACUUAAACUAGACUAAACAUCUAUAGUAUUUAAAAUAUGAACCUGUAAAAGUUUUUAAAACAUAUUAGACAUAUAUCUAUAUGUGUCAUAUAUUAUUUACAUUAUAUACAUAUAUAUGAAGAGUUCAGAUGCAAAACCAGCUAAAAUCCAUCUCGGUCAAAAAUGAGAUAAUGAUACUGAGUGAAUGCUCUCAACACAUAUUAUACAUCCAUCAAAUACUUUUUCUUCAAACUCGCUAAAAUACCAGCCUCAGCCCAAUCAGGAGUACCAGUACUUACAUAGAAACCUAUACAUCUGAGCCUGAUAAAAAGGCAUUUUUUAAAGAAAGACAUCUGAACUAUUCAUAUAGAUUUAUAUAAAUAUCAGAUUAUUUUGUUACAGUUCAGGGACUUUUUUCCUUUUAAGAUUAUGGUAUUUUUGUAUAAAAGUUCAUGGUGUGUGUUUUUUGAAAUGUGUUGAUAUUGGUUGCAUGUAUGAUAGAGAGAGUGAUUCAAUAAAGUGGAGUGCAUGUUCAUUGUAAAACAUUACCCUCCACAAACGGCUUGAUUGACAGGUGAUCUGACCAAUCAUAACGUUGAAUCCAUUUUGUCCGAAAAACAAAUCAGACGGGAGAGCAUAUUAACUUUGGUGAACUUAAAAUGUUGUGUAUUGACUGUGCAUGUCUACAUACCUAACACGUACUACACAUGUGCAUGAUGGCACCGUUUUCAAGAUCCCCUUAUUGGGUGGUCAUUCUCAGCUUCUUGUUGAAGUGACAUCACACCGACCAAGGCCUCUCCCAAGAUAGUUGAUUGACACGACUGUCUUACCUUAGACCCGCCCUGAUGAACUGUAACAGUCCAACUGCCAUUGUUUCGACUCCGGUGCAGGGGAAAACAAGAAUGGAUCCGAUUGAGCAAUUGAGGUUUUCUGUUGUUAGAUAUAAUAAUGAUCAUAGCAGUCAUCAUUUACUCCUGACAUCUGAGCCACUGAAGAUGCAGAGGAUUAACAUUACUUUCUUUUUUGAAGGAAAUUCGCCCAGCGAUCUACAUAAAUGCGUCUAUGUUUGUGUGAAUCAUUUGUGAUGCUGCUUUACCUACAGAAGAAGUGAGUAUAAGGGUUUUUUUAUGCUUAAUAAUAUGCUAGUUAGCAAGUUUCAUGGCU